AUGUGUAGUUUUGGAUCAUCAGGUUUAUAUUCAGUCCCUCCUUCGGAGAAAUGCCGAAAGUAUGCAAGGCAGCUCAAGUUCUUGUUAAUAAUUGAGUUUAUGACUCUUAUAAUACUAUUUGUUUUGGUUCCAACUGGAGGAACUGUCUGGGUUUUAUUGCAGGUUUUCUCUAUCAUUCUCGCAUAUAUUUCAGUUAAGGAUGCUAAUGCAUAUAGGCCUCCAAUAUUACAAAUGUACAUAUUUAUUUCAGCUUUAGGAACUCUCUUCUGUACUAUUUAUUUUGCAGUUUCACUUUCUAUUGCCGGGUCAGCAUUAAGUAUUGCAGCCUGCACUCUUUUUGCAGUUAAUGCUUUGGUUCUGGCAGCUUGCACUCGAAUUUCUUGGCAAUUAUUUAAAGAACUUAUGCUAUGCUCUCCGUUGAUCACUGGUACUACAGGAGCUUAUAUAUUUGGUACAGCAGCAUCCAAUACGAACAACGGGCCUUCAAGCCGUUCUAACAUGAAUAAUGGGCCUAUUGAAAUGACCAAUGAUAGAACAAAUGUAUCAAAUCCAUUCACUGGCUCAAACAUUGGUUCUUCUGGCGGUUUUGUUCCUUUUGGAGGCGAGGGAUAUAAACUUUCUGCAAGUAAACCAUCAGUAUCUAACGAAAAACCUGUUACAUUGGGAUCCAACUCCAAAUCUAUAGUAAAGGGGGACUCAACAAACAAUAGUAAUAAUGAUAUUAAGUCUCUAGUCUAA